AUGAUCAAAUCAAUCAAGGCCGCUCAACGCUUGGAUUCGAGAGGCAAUCCCACUGUCCAACACAGGAAGAGGCUAACUUGGAGAUCAGGCAGUUUCCGCGCCAUUGUCCCCUCUGGUGCCUCGACAGGUGCCAAUGAAGCCGUUGAGCUCCGGGAUGGCGACCCAUCCAAGUAUGGCGGCAAAAGUGUGGAGAAAGCCGUCUCGAAUGUCGAGAACAUCAUUGCCCCCGCUCUGAUCAAGAGCGGCCUCCGAGUGGCUACGGACCAGAAAAAGAUCGAUGAACUUCUCAACUCCUUGGAUGGCACCAAAAACAAAGCCAAGCUUGGUGCCAAUGCUAUUCUGGGAGUCAGUAUGGCUUGCGCACGAGCCGGUGCAGCUGCUUCGGGAUUACAACUGUACGAGUAUCUGCGGCGUGAAUCCGGUGCGAAAACGCCCUAUGUGUUGCCUGUUCCGUUCUUCAAUGUCCUUAAUGGAGGUGUGCAUUCCGGAAACAAAAUGGCAUUCCAAGAGACCAUGAUUGCUCCAGUCGGGGCCACCUCUAUCACCGAAGCCGUGCAAAUGGGCAGUGAAGUUUACCAACAUCUGAAGAAGGUCAUCACUAAGAAGUUUGGAGCCUCGGCCAUCGGCAUCGGCGAUGAAGGCGGCUUUGCCCCACCUAUCUCACAACCUCAUGAGGCUCUCGACUUGUUGGUCCAGGCAGUUUCCGAUGCUGGAUACGAAGGAAAAGUCAAAUUCGCCAUCGACCCUGCUUCGAGCGAAUUUUUCAAAGAUGGAGCAUAUGACAUCGGAUUCAAAGACGAAAAGUCAAACCCUCAAAGCCCAAAGCAACUCAAGGAUCUAUACCAUUCGCUCCUCAAAAAGUAUCCAAUUGUCCUACUUGAAGAUCCAUUCGCGGAGGAUGAUUGGUCCAGCUGGACGGAGUUCCGCAAAGAUUGCCCCGUUGAACUAGUGGGGGAUGAUCUGCUUGUGACAAACAAGACCUAUGUCCAAGAAGCUCACGAGAAAAAGGCGUGCGAUUCCAUGUUGCUCAAGAUCAACCAGAUAGGCACGAUCUCUGAAGCUAUUGAAUCGGCUAACCUGGCAUAUAGCUAUGGUUGGAGCGUGUUCGUGUCUCACAGGUCCGGCGAAACCACCGACGACUUUAUCGCGGACGUGGUUGUUGGAUUGCGGACUGGUCAUAUCAAGUCAGGGGCACCCUGCCGCGGAGAGAGAGUUGCCAAAUAUAACCGGCUGAUGGAAAUUGAAGAGACGCUCUUGGCCAAAGGAGAGAAAUUUGUGUAUGCCGGUGAAAACUUCCGCUCCGCCUACCAGCUUUAG